GAAAGAGAGGAAUUGGGGGCGAGAAAGGGAUGUGCCAACAGGGCAUGUGAGAGCAAGCAGUGGUGGUGGUAAUAGUACCUUGGCAUCUGAGGCGACAAUGCCGUUGAGAGGAGUGGCAGAUGCUGAGGAUGAGAAUGAGAAGAGACUCAGGCGCCAGUUUACUGCCUUGUCUUGGUCAUCCACAUCCCAGCGAGUGGGUGCCACCCUGGUUGUUUUCGGCCCGCCAUCUGCACGGCAUCGCUUGUCCUCUUCUGCCUCUCCUUCCAGUGCCUCCUCGCCUGGCCUAUCCUCGCAUCCCUCGUCCUCCUUCUCGUCUCCCCCCCUCUACAACCGCCCUCUGCUACACCCACCGCUGCUUCCUUCGCUACCUGCUCGUAUGGCUUGUGGCUUCUUACUUCGUCAAUAUCACACCCGCACCAGACCUUCCCUUUCCCACCUUCUUGCAAGCCAUUGGUCUGCUCCGCUUCCCCAAUCCAACCCUUCCCCUCGCUCUCCACUUCACCAUGGCACUCCUGUCAACGGCCUAUGUCUUCGCUUGCACUGCCACCCUUGCCUCCUCCUCUCCCUCCUCCCCUUACUCUUCCUCCCCCGCACUUGUCACUUCCCCAUGCUACUACUGUCGGUGGUCGAGUUGGUGCUGAUGGGGAUGCUGGUAGUGGUGCAGCUUACAGUGAGUCUGCUGGUGAUGGUGGUAGCAGCAGCGAGGUUCGCAGUGGUCUUCUCGAUGGUGUUGCUGGUGGUGGCAGUGGCAGUCAGACAACUGCUGGGCUAGCACAGGACAGUGGGGAGAUGGUGUUUGGCAUCCCAACACAGGGCAGUGGAGCUGAGACUAUGGCAGUGCCGGCACAGGGCUGGCUCUGCUUCGUGGUGUCCUUCUCCCUCUGGGCCGCCCGCCUCUUCGCCUUCUCUGCUUUCAUCCUCCUCGUGCUCGUCCACGUGGCUGACAAGCUGGCCCUCCUACGCGCCCCGUAUGUCCUGCUGCUCGUGCUGCUGCUGGUCUACCCCUCGCGAGCGCAGGCCGUGUAUUCAGCCUGCAUCGCCUACUCCUCCCUGCACCUGCUGCUGCUUUUUGCUGCCACGGAUCCUGUCUUUACUCACCUCCCACUCCCGCCCUACUGGAAGAUCCUUCUAUCGCUCCUAGGCAUUCCCCCCACCCUCUCGCCAAAGGCCAUCACCCCGCCAGCAUGCAUCCUCCUGCUCGCCUAUGCCAUGGCCCGCGCCCGUUCCGCCCUGCAGCAGUCCCUUGCUGCCACGUGCUCCCUCCCCCACAAGCCGUUUCUCUGGCGCCUGCUGGAGCUAGCCGCCUGCUGCCCCCCUCCCAUGGCGGCUGCUCUCCAGUUAAAGCCGCACCCUGACAGCCUGCUUCUGCCUCCCUGCAAAGGACCUCCCUGGCCGUAUCUCUGCUUGGCAUAUCCCUCGGCCUUAGCAACGGAGGCCAACACCUAUCUCAUCCUCGCUGCAUUCUUCACCAUCCUUACCUGCACUCGCCCCUCUGCCGUCUCUCUCGGCUUCCUCCUCCUCCUCAUUACCUGGCUCUGGCUCUUCCUCUGGCCCUCCUCCUCCCGAACCUCCUCCCAUGCUCAAGACGCCUCUGAGUGGCAGUCAUCUUCCCGCGCCUCUGCCUUCCAAACCUCCACCUUCCGAGCCUCAGCGCCAGCUUUUCGAGCCUACAUGGCACCAUUGACAGCCUCGUUGGCAGCUACAGUGCUCCUGCUUCGGUACUGCAGCCUGUACCCCGAGUUACGGUCCCUCUUAGCCGCCCACUUUGGGAUCGAUUUGUCUGUUCUGGAGCGGCUUGGGCUGUUUGCCCGGCUGGGCACGCCUGUACACGUGGCAACUGCUGAUUGCGCCACGUUGUUGAUCUGCCUUCGCGCGUACUUCUGCUUUGAGGCGUUUCCACAUGUGCAGCAAUGGGUGGAACAGCAGCAGCAGUAUCAACAGCAGGAGCAUAAUUCUCAGUUACACCCAACCAGUCAGCAGGGGGUGCAGGUUUCAGGUGCAGGGGCAGCAGCACCUUCCACAGUCACCCCCCUCUCUGCCCCCCCCACACGUAAACUCCAUCUUAGUGCCAAGGGCUCAAAAUCCUUCCAUUUCCCUCCCCCUGCUGCUGGUUCUGCAGCUGGCGCUGCUGGUGCGAUUGAUGCUGCUAUUGCAGCAGCAGCAGCAGCUCCGGCACCCGAAGCAGAUACUGAAACUGGAGGAACAGCAGCAGCAGCAGGGGUAACCACCACUCCACCCCCAGUCAUCUCCUGGUCCCGUGAUGAAUACCCCCUUACAGGCUUCUUCGGUUGGGUGGGCUUCUUCAAACGCCUGCUCAUCCUACACUGCCCUACCAGCCUCCCUUGCGCGGCCUUUUUCGCUGCCCUGUAUCCGGUCAGCGCCAUGGGGUUUGGCUUCCUGCUGCUGGCAGUGCUGGGGUGCCUGAGGCUGAAGGCUAUGAGGGGGACGCCUAGGGCGCUGUUCUUGUAUGGAGGGGUGGCGCUGGUGAUGGAGUUUGGGUUCCAGGUGGUGGUGACGCAGUGGGGCUUGGAGGCUUGGGUGGAGCAACACAGUGCGAUUCUCCAGUGGCUAGGCCUAGGCUUAUAUGGAGACGGCACCAUGGGCACUUCAGCAGCGGGCCCUAUGUGGGCUUUAACGUCUGGAUGCACGGCCAAAGCAGUGCUCCUAGCAGCCUGUCUUCUCCACCAUGCCUCCUGCCACUGGCUCACCGAACUUCCCUUGGAGCUUCAGACCGAUCCUAAGGGCGAGGUUUGCGUGCUGUUUGUGCCUCCUGAAGCUGUGGCUGCGGCUCGGAACGCUGCUUCGGUGCAGAUACAGGAGAUGGUGCAGAGAGGGGGAGAGGAGGGACGAAGAGAGAGAGGAGCGGGUGGAGUGGGUGGAGUGGGUGGUGUAGGCGGGGCAGGAGGAAUAGGGGAAGGAGGAGGAGGGGGGCCAGGGAACGGUAAGGUUGCAGAAGAAGUGGCUAAGACAGAACCUCAAGAGUCGGUGUUGAAAUUGGAUGAGGUUGCUUCGAUUGGCAGGGAGGGCGGAGGAGGCGACGGGGGAAAUGAGAAGAUGGGGAGGGGCAUAAGUGGGGGAGGAGGAGCAGGGGGGACUAGAAGAGCCCACAAGCUGAUAAGCUUUCGGUCGUGGAGUGUGGGCGAUCUGCGGUCUGCUGAUGCGUCCUCCUCAGCCUCCUCCUCCUCUUUCCUUCUUGGAGGGUCGGGGAGGCGAGAGGGGAAGGUGACUGGUGGUGGUAAACCAUUGGAACGGCAUGACGAGGACCAGGAGAAGGAGGAGGAAACAGUGCAAACCGACAGGGACUCUCAUGUGAAUGCGAGCUAUGAGGGUGAUUCAGUGUUUGGUGAUGAUUACUAUGACGGGUAUGAUGACGAGGAGGAGGACGACGACGAGGAGGACGAGGAGGACCAAUCAGAGGAGGCGCAGCGGUAUCGGCAGCAGCUGCGGUCGAUGUGGUCGUGGGUGCAGAACACAGUGGCCCACUUCUUCUCCCUCUAUGGCGUUCAGGUGGUCGUUCUGUGCCUUCUAGUCGCCAGUUUCGCCGUGAAGAACAUCGUCUCUCUCCUCUACACUCUAGUCGUCGGCCUCUGCAUCGCCCUCCCUUCACGCUUCGUCCGCCUGCUCUGGCCCCUCCUAGUAGCUACCUUCGCUGCAAUCACCCUCUGGCAAUACUACAUGCUCGCCGGCCCCCCUCCCUUGGACAACCCUGCACCCCCUCCCCCCAACAAUCCCGCACCUCCCCUCCGAAAUUCUCAAGGAUUCAACCGCUUCGUGUAUACCAGUCACUACGCACCAAAGUCUCCACCACACCAGCCGUUAGAGGAGUUUCCACCUCUGCUGCAUCCCCAGCACCCCCACCAGCCAUCCAAGCACCCCUUCUUCCAACGCGACAAUUCAGAGGGGCCCUAUGAGGCCGUUGCCUCAGCGACCCAACUCAUUAGAGGCCCUUCAAGGGAAUUACAUUCCCCUCUAGGCACCAAACGCUCUCUCCUUGGCGUUGACUCGGACUCACCACUACAAGAAUAUCCAUCCGGGCCCGGGGCCGGGCAUCUACUAGAGUAUCCCCGUAGCAGUCGCCCAGAAUCUCUCAAUCUCAACCCACUGCGAGCCUAUCUCCUAGGGUAUCCCCAUAACAGCCUCAGUCGCGAAUCUCCUGGUUUGUCGCUUUACAAGACGAGCGGAUUGUCCCACAGUUUGUUCAGGGGAUCUCGCCGCCCCCACCCGCCCAAGUCCCACAGCCGCAACUGCCAGGACUGCUGGCUCAGCACGGAUUCCCGUGACUCCACGUGCUGGGACUGCUGGCUGGGUGGCAUCGUGGACGACCGCCGCAUCCUCUGUGCCUACUUUGUGGUCUUCCUCCUCUCCUGCUUCCUCCUCUCUCCUUCCUCCUCCUCCGCCCCCUCCUCCUCUUCCUCCUCCCAAAUAAACCCGUCCUUCCCACAUGAUACAGCACCGCACCUCACCCGCUGGACCUCCCUCCCCCCGCCAUCCCUCCCGCCUCUCGAAACCCCCCGCCCCCAUCCCCUCCCCAACGCCCGCCCUCCCUUCCCCCCUCCUCCUUUCCUCUCCUCCUCCUCCUCCUACCUCCCCGCAGACCCGCCCUCCUCCCCUUGGCACGACCUGUCAGAAGGCCCCCACCCCAGUUGGACCUGGCUGGACCACUGGCGCUUCCUCUACUACAAGUACCUCCUAUGGAUUGUCCUGAUACUAGUCUUUGCGACCGGGACUCUACAGUACGACCUGCUACACUGCGGCUAUCUCGCCUUAUCCCUCUUAAGUACACGAAAGCACGCCGCGAUUCUCCGCGGGCAAACCACAGUGCUCACCUACCUCCGCGUUUAUAACUUUCUGCUGAUCACCGCGUCCCUAGUCUACCAGUGCCCGUAUUUCCCGUAUCUCCCAGCACUGUCGUGUAACCCGUUCAGCAUAGUGGGGCUGUAUAAGUACGACUACGGGCUCCGGAUGGACACGCGCAGUGCGGUGGUGGACCUAACCAUGUUCGUGCUCAUCACAGUUCUGGCGUACAGCCUGAGAUCCGAGAUCUUCCAACAAGUUCUCAUGUUUACUACGAAGCAGGAGGAGGAAAGGUGGCUGAUCUGAUUGUGUUUCACAGCCUCAUCA